AUGACGGAGUUACAGAUGAACCUCAAAUCCAACGCGGCGUUCGACAAGGAUGUGUCCUGUCUCCGCUGUUGUUCAACCUAUAUUCCGACAGUCUUUAAAGAGACUUUAUAUGAAAAAGAAUUCGGGGUCAAAAUCAACGGUGAACUGAUUAACACCAUUCGCUAUGCUGAUGAUGCUAUUUUGUGCGAUGAUCUCCUGGGUCUCCAAAAUCUCAUAGAUUCAGUUAAUGCGAUGGGACUGAAUAUAAACUUUUCUAAGAUAAAGUUCAUGGUCUUCGGCCGCCAGCCAUACCUCAACGCGUCACUACAGAUAAAUGGACAAAACGUUGAGACAGUAUCCAAUUUUAAAUACCUUGGAUGCUACAUCACCGAGCAACUUGACCCGUUUAAAGAAAUUAGAUGCAGGAUUGAAUCGGCUCUUACAAUAUUCCAGAAGAUGAGAUCACUAUUUUGUAACUAUAGUCUGAACUUCAAUCUGAGACAAAGAAUGAUUAAAUGUCACAUCUGGUCUGUGCUGUUACAAAGGAACUGA